AUGGAGUCGGGCAAGGAGGCCGCGGCGAACGCCGGCGCGUCGGCGCGCGCCGGCAUGGAGAAGACGAGGGCCGCCGUGCAGGGCAAGGUGGACAAGGCCGCGGCGUACACGACAGGGCACAGGGAGGCGGCGGUGGUGAACAAGGAGGCGGCCGAGGUGAAGAAGCAGCAGCGGAUUCGCGCCGCCGAGGAGGAGAAGCAGCGCGCCAUGCGGGACCACGCCGCCGCCAAGGAGCGCGCCAGCGGCGAAGAGACGGAGGACCGCAACGGCGGUCACAGCCCUGCCCCUGCGGGCGGCCACGGUGAGUAA